AUGGGCAGCGGUCACGAUGACGGAGCUGGCAAGGUGUGGUUGGCGCAGGUCAUCUGCCGCCUGGUGUACUCCGUGUACCAGGACAACGGGAACUACUACAACAACGGUUCGGCGACGACCGCGGCCACCACAGCGGCCGCCGCAGCCGCCGCCGCCGCCACCACCGCCGCCGCCGUAGCGGUGGCCGGCACCGAGAUGGUGAUGACCACGACGACGAAGCACAAGCUGCUGGUGACCGAGGCCCGGGUCGACAGGCUGGACUGCAGCGGCGUGGACGCUGGACUGCCGGCGGGCGGCGGCGCGCCGACCGACGCACUGUCGGGGCCGCCGACGCCGACAUCCGGCGCAGCCCUGCCCGCCAGGCUGUCGGCGAUUUCGACGACAGCCGGCCGUGUCCUUGGCCUGCCGGACGACCCCGGCACACGUCACCGUUGUCCUGCGACGGCGACGGCGGUGUGCAUCGGCGGCGUUGGCGGCCACGACCACGACCGCGACGACGUCAACCAGGUGACGUGUUCGAUAAGCGGCGAACAGUGGCCUCGGGCCACCGUCGCCGCCGACAGUGGCGACGACCACCAACGUUGGUACAACUGGAAGUAUCUGUUCGUCGUCGUGUUCAUCGCUUCCGGCGGUGUGGGCAACAUACUCGUCUGUCUGGCCAUAUGCCUGGACAGGCAGCUACAGAACGUCACCAACUACUUCCUCCUGUCUCUGGCCAUCGCCGACCUACUGGUGUGCCUGUUCGUAAUGCCGCUCGGUGCCAUACCGGGAUUCUACGGUAAAUGGCCUCUGGGCGUAGCUUGGUGCAACGUGUAUGUUACGUGCGAUGUGCUGGCGUGCAGCUCUAGCAUUAUGCACAUGUGUUGCAUAUCGCUGGGAAGAUACCUAGGCAUAAGACAUCCACUCAGGACCAGACAUCAUUAUUCCACCAUGAAAUUGGUGUGUUUCAAAAUUGCGAUCGUCUGGUUUUUGUCAUUUUUGGUAUCGUUUUCAGUCACACUUCUCGGUCUGUACAAUCCUAAGAACAUUAUGCCGGAUCCAGGGGUUUGUGUAAUCAACAACCGAGCUUUUUUCGUUUUUGGUUCGCUGGUCGCGUUUUACAUACCGAUGAUCAUUAUGGUAGUUACGUAUGCCCUUACUGUUCAGUUGCUGCGGAAAAAAGCCAGAUUUCUGUUGGAUGACAGUUUCGUAGACGGCCGGAGGAACGGGUCAUCAGCGGAACCGCAUCUGUUCAGACGUUUGGGCGGCAGGUUUUCGGCCAACAAAAACCAGAACAACGUUACCGGGCGGUUACAGCCCAGCAAAAACAACAACAAACGGCGUGAUCAACAGACGCAGUUACCCGACGCGGUGUCCGCUGGCGCCAGCGACUCGAGGAACUUCCGGUUGAAGACGCUCAGACUUCAGCUGAACAUGAACCCGUCGACAUUGAAUUUGAGAUUUCUUGCCAACAGACAGAAGCGCCAAAGUCUAGCUGCCGCCAACGCCGUUAGAACCGAACAAAAGGCCAGUAAAGUAUUAGGAGUAGUGUUCUUCACGUUUGUAUUAUGCUGGUCACCAUUUUUCUUGUUAAACAUUGUAUUUGCUGUCUGCCCAAAAGAAGACUGUCCAGUGCCCGACCAUGUGACCGAGAUAUGCUUGUGGUUGGGAUACGUGUCUUCAACGAUAAACCCAAUCAUCUACACGAUAUUUAACAAGACGUUUAGAGCGGCAUUUAUCAGGUUGCUCAAGUGCCGAUGUCACAAGACCAGACCUCACCGAUACCGAUCAGUGACGGACAACCGACACUCCGCUUUGAUAAGCACCCCGUCCGGCGCGGCCGCCGGAGCCGCUACUGUGCCGCUGUCCCUAUCGCUUCAGACCACGCCACUGACCACGUCGCCGCCCGUCAACGACGGCGCCGCCACCACCACUUUUGCCGCCACAGCCGCCGCCGCCGUUGCCGCGUCUAAGAAAUCGCCGUCCGCGUCCAAGUACCCAAACUCGUUUCGCGUCCAAGAAUGCCGCCCGAAGGACACGGCCAAAUACUGAAACCCAGCGGCGGCCGAUUCCGCCCCGAAGAUGUCGUCUAGAACCCCAAAAAACUAAACGAGCGCCUCAAUAUUAUCGUCACGUUAUCAUGAUGACACGACGAUAAUAAUAUAUUUAGAUCUCAUGACGUCGUCGUUAUACGUCCAGUCAGACCGAGUUGUUCGCGUGCGACGCAUAAUAUUGCAACUUCUUGUUUUAUAAAGGGCGCGUGAUAUAAGGAUUUUACUGGUGUGAUAUUCACUUACUACAGUAAAAUAUUAUUUUAGAAUUUUUCUUGUAAUCGAUAUUUCAAUUUUCUUUUUUUUUUUUCAAUUUAAUUCAUUAAUAACAAAAAAAUAAAAGUCGUUUUAUUGAUCAGAACAAAAGCGUAUCACGUACAGUUGGUUAACAUUACAUUUCUCAGUUGAUUACCUACUGUAAUUAUUAUUGUUGCCCGCAGCUGUAUAUGAAUGCACGGAGCGUUACUCCUGGAUUCAGUUUCCUGUUGAAAUCAUGGUAAUAUGUAAAACUAGUUAUUAUACAUUAUAUUAUUAUUAUUAUUAUUAUUAUUAUUAUUAUUAUUAUUAUCAUCAUCAUCGUCGUAUUAAUAGAGACAUAUCACAAUAUGCGUCUACUCUUCAUUUUUUCAUCAUUGCCCACUUCACUCGCUCCUCGACUAUGCUCUCACUCUCCCGAGGGCACCUAUACACUCAUAAUAUAUUAUAUGUUUCUCUGUACGGUGUAAAUUGGGGAUUCAUUCGCGCGCGGGAAAUAUGAACGACCUCCGACGAUGGAGAGGGUCAAUCAAUCUUUAUGAAUACCCUGCCCGUAAGAAAAACGAACACGUACAGUAGACCGAGAGGUAAUAUUAUAUGAAAUAUCGCACCUUUCGGGUGGAUGAAAAAAAUAAAAUAAAAUAAUAAGAACGCAUUGCGGUUUCGGUCGUUAAAUUGAUGAGCACUGGGCCUAAAAAUCCGAGUAUAGGAUAUCGGUUUAACGAGUUUUGGCGGAUAGGUGGGAGAAACAAGAGCUCGACGAAUUCUUCUCAUAAAUAACUAUUAUAUUAAUAUUAUUAUUAUUAUUACAUACAUGUGAAAAAUAUUAUAUCAGUGUGUUUUU